CAAUAAGAAUAAGACAGAAAUAUUUUUUCCCAUUUUAACUUAUUACACCAGUGCAACAAAGAAAAACCAUAUGUGGGCAGUUUUUCUACACAAUAUAUCAGUGUGCAAUUUUUAAUUCAAAGAUAAUUCUUGUGCACAGUUUUUCCACGUACAAUUUUUUUGUGUACAAUAUAUUUGUGUAGAAUAUUCUGAUCGUGUACAAUUAUUUUGUGUAGAAUAUGAUCAGUGCCUUUUUUCUUUUAUUUUACAUAUACUUAAGUAUGAAUUAUAUGUGUGCGACCAAAGAAACGAAUAUGGCGGCCUUUUUUGCCAUGAACUGUUUCACUAAAGCUUAUGCACCGUUUCCUUCUUUCUUAGUUUAUACAAGACAUCUUAAAAGAUAUCUUUAAGAUAUUUGUUAAAUAAGAUAUCUUUUAUAUUUUUACAGGGUAUAUUUAAAUGUUGUAUAAAAGAUAGAUCUUUUAGAUUGUUAAAAAAUAUAUUUUUUUAUAUACACUGGAACCUCGCGUUAGUAGACUGUUCGGGGCUCAAGUCUACUAAUGUAGAGCUAGUGAUCUUCUAUUGCUGGGUUUCAUUCCCACUUCGUGAAAUUCAGGGACGUGGCGGCAUCGUCAUUUAGCCAGGUUAUGAUUAUACUUUACGACUAAAUGUAUUCGGGACUUAAUUUAUAAAACUUAAAUGUAUUUAAAAUUUAUAAAUAUAUAUAAAACAUUUUUUUAACGAAUUGAUUAAAUCUCGCACAAAUCUUUAUCUACACGAACAAUAAUGUAACUAUACGAAAUUUAUUUACUACCCAAUUGCACUGCUAUCCCCCACUUACGCUACUCACUUGCGCCGAGUGGAUAUGGAGGGGAUAAUUUCUAUUAACACGGAGUUCCAGUGUAUAUAUUUUUUUUAAGUGAAAAAUAUCUUAAUGCAUCAACAAAUAUGUCAAGUAAACGCACAUUAUAUUAGACGUUUUAUUUGCAUCGUGAUUUAUAUUCUGUGGAGCAAUGUUGUAUAUAUCUGAAAAUUUCUUUUUUUUUUGCAGAUAAUCAACCGGUGCAAGUAACAAUGGUGAUUGAAAAUGUAAAAUAUCUGCUUUGUACUUUGCACAACGAUAGUGGUAUAUGGCAAGUACCACUCAACAUAAUUCUUAAUAAGGAAACUGCUGUCACAUUUACAUGCAAUGGUUCAGGUUGCGUACAUCUAACUGGAUAUUAUAAAGAUGAAAUAUCAGCAGACGAUUGGAAAGAAAAUCAGGUUACUCGUAAAGAAACAGAUAGAUGUAAUCCAAUGUAUAGACUUAACUGUUUAGAUAGAACUAUUCAAUUUAUUAAAGAAAAAGCAAUAUCUUACACUGAGAAUGGCUGGCUGGUUGAAAAAUUAAGAGAAACGGAAGAAAAACCCCAAGAAAUGAAGCAAAGAGAUGAAAAAUUUGUUCAAAAAAUUGCACAAUUACUAAAAAAAACCUUAAGAAAAAAUUUAAAGGGACAAGAAGCUGAGAAAAGACAAGAUUGGAAAGAAAAAAUCUUGAAAAAUAACACCUUUUACAAAGGUGUAGCUGCAAAUCUUUAUGAUAAUAAUGGUUCUGAUGAUGCGUCUGAUGAAUUGUCAUUAUGGGAGACUGAGCAGCAAAUAGAAUUUAAAAUAAAAGAUGUAAUAUGUGCUGUGCAAAUGCAGGAUCUAAAAAUUGGUACUGGCAAAGCCGCACAAGAUGGCGACUACGUCAAAAUUUAUUAUGUGGCUUGUGUUCUUAGGGAUUCUAAGAGACCAAAAAUUGACGAAUGCAGAGACGGUCGAGGCUUGGUAGUCCAUCUUGGUAAUAUGACCAUGCUCUCUGGUCUAGAAUUGGGAAUGAUGGGAAUGAAAGUUGGCGGAAAGUGUCGUCUUAUAAUACCUCCCGAAAUGGCGUAAGUAUUCUUUUUUACACUUCUCAGGGUAGGUUGUUCCAACUUCUUGAUAAACUUAUCUAUCAGGUAAA